AUGAGUAAUGAACCCGUUUCCUUGAUUUCCCUAAACAAAAUGCUUAGAAAGAAUAAAGAGGAAGAAAAACAUAAAAAUGUAGACAAUACAGAGCUUACGAAUCUUGUGUUAAAUACAUCUAAUUAUAAUAAGAAGGAAGAAAAAGGAACCUUUGAAGAAUUAAAUGUAUCCAUAGAAAUAAUACGAGCAUUAAAAAGAAUAAAUAUUUAUUAUCCUUCAGUAAUACAAUAUAUGAUUAUGAAAAAAUUAAUAUGUAAGGAUAAAAAGGAGAAAAAAAGAAAUUGUAUAAUACAAUCAAGAAAUGGAACAGGUAAAAGUAUGUCGAUUUGUAUAAUUAUUAUUAAUCAAAUAUUUUGUAAAAUGAAGAAGAAAAAAGAAACUGAACAAAAUAAUAAAAAUAAAAAAGAGGAAAUAGGAAAAAUAGAUUAUUCAAAAUAUGUAUCAGAUCAUAUAUCUCAAUCAAUUUCUGAUAACGAAAACAUUUUCUUUGGUUUUUUAUUUUUCUAUGGAUUAAUAUUAGAACCCACACGAGAAUUAUGUCAACAAGUUUAUGAUAAUAUUAAAAAAAUAACGAAUAUAUUAAGAAAUGAAGAUGAUGAAGAUAUUUAUGAUAAUAAAAAUGGAUUGGAUGUUUAUAAUAACAUUUGUACAAAUAGGUGUGAGAAGAAAUAUGUUAAUUAUUAUAAAAUAAAAUCUUUAAUAUUAUAUGGAGGGACAGAUAUUUUUGAAAGUAUAAAAACAUUGUUUUAUAAUUUUCCUCAUAUUAUUAUAUCAACACCUGGUCGUUUAAAACAUGUUUUAAAUAUCUUAAAUAAAGUAAAGAUAGAAAUAAAUAAAGAAGACAAAAUAACAAAUAAAGGAAUAUACCCUUUAUCCUAUAUAACUAUUAUUAAUAUCUGUUUAAAUUAUUUUAUUCUUGAUGAAAUAGAUGCCUUAUUAGAUGAACAAUUCGAUGAGCAGCUAAAAAUUAUUUAUAAUUAUAUUGUGAAUCCAAAAAUACAAAUCUUAUGUUAUAGUUCGACAUUCCAAGAUGCAUGUAUAAAUAAUUUUAUACAAAAAGUUAUAGAAUGUGAUGAAAGAUAUGUAGCACGUUUACAGCGCGUGCACAUGAGUAACAUGGACCACACAAAUUAUAAAGACGACGGUAAUGAUUAUUUAAAAAUGGGUCUAGAUAAUGAACAACAACAUUGUGGAAAGGAAAACAAAAUGGUAGAUGAGUAUAUCACGGAUGAACAUAAUAUAAAUAAAAAUAAAAAUAAAAAUAAUGUUGAUAUAAAUAAAAACAAAAAUAAUGUUGAUAUAAAUAAAAAUAAUGGUGAUAUAAACAAAAAUAAUGUUGAUAUAAACAAAAAUAAUGGUGAUAUAAACAAAAAUAAUGUUGAUAUAAACAAAAAUAAUGUUGAUAUAAACAAAAAUAAUGGUGAUAUAAAUAAAAAUAAUGGUGAUAUAAAUAAAAAUAAUGGUGAUAUAAAUAAAAAUAAUGGUGAUAUAAAUAAAAAUAAUGGUGAUAUAAAUAAAAAUAAUGGUGAUAUAAAUAAUAUAGAUACACAUUUUAUUACGCCACCCUUACAAAAUCAUCAUCUUAAAAUAAAAAAAAAAAAAAUUAAUAAAAGCAAAAAAAAAAAAAAAAAAAAAAAAAAAUUCAAAUAUAACAAUAAAUCCCAAUCCAAAGUAAUAAAAGAAUUACAAAAAAUAAUUCACGAUGAAAACAUUUUAUGUAAAGAGUUUAUUUGUAAAUAUAUUUUUAAAAAAAUGAUAAAAAGAAAAGAAAAAAGCAAAUAUCACAUGAACAGUAAAAGGACUUUUGAAUAUAUACAAACAUGUACUUCGCUUAUAAUUCAUACACAAGAUAAAAAAAUAAAAAUAAAUAACAAAAACAAUAAUAAUAAUAAUAAUAACAAUAAUAAUAAUAAUAAUAACAAUAAUAAUAACAAUAUUGUUUAUACUUAUCCUUGUGAUGUUAUCCCAUCUUCUUAUAAUAAUCAUUCAGUUGAUCAAAACCAUUUGAACCCACAUUUAAAGGGAACCCUAGAGUCACCCGUCUUAUUAAAUGUGGAACAUUGUUUUAUAACUAUAAAUAAUGAAAACUUAACGAAAAAAGAAGAACUUAAAUAUAAAAUGAAAGUAGUGUAUAAAAUUAUAAAUGAUAUAAAAUAUAACCAAUGUUUUCUUUUUAUUAAUAAUACAUAUGAAGGUAUCCAAGUUAUUAAAAUGUUAAAAAAAAUGAAUGUCCCAUCUUAUUAUACUAGUUCAAAAAUAGAACAUAAAGAAAGAAUACAACUAUUCAAAAGUUUACAAGAAAAUAAAGUUAAAAUUGUUGUAUGCACAGAUGUUAUGAGUAGAGGUAUAGAUAACAUCGUGUGUGAUUUAGUAAUUAACUUUGAUAUACCACAAAGCAAAGAAACAUAUGUACAUAGGUCAGGAAGAUGUGGACGUUUUGGUAAUAAAGGAUUAUGUGUAAGUUUAUGUAAUUACACCGAUUAUAAUUAUUUGUAUUAUUUUAAAUAUAAAUUAAAAUUAAAUGUCUGCGAUUUUUAUUAUAUUUGUAAAUCUGAUCAUAGAAAACAAGAUGAUUCAUCUGUUCAGAUAAAUAAUAUUAAAAAAACACAUGAACAUAAUGAACAAAUUAUAGACACACACUCAUGUGGUGAUAAUAAUCAUUAUAAAAAUUAUGAUGAAUCUGGUUCGUCUCAUAAUAUAUCCAACUUUCAACAAAUAAACUAUAAUAAUAUAUUCAAAAAUGGGGAUAUAGAAAAAUUGAGAAAAAUAUAUGAAAAUAAUAUAAGAAAUGAUUAUUACGAACAAAAUGGUGCGGAGUCUCUAAAAAAAAAAAAAAAAAAAAAAAUUUUAAUAAACAUAAAAGGUUUUGUUUUUUCAAAACAUAUAAAUAUGAAUCAACAUUCAUAUAAUAAUACAUUUAAUAAUGUUUAUUUAAAAAUAUAUUUUAAAGAAUUAUUUAUAAAGUUUAAAAUUAUACAACAUAAUAAUACAUGUUCCUAUAUUUUUAAAAUACCUAUUGAUAAUAAAAAUAUAUUUAAAAAUAUUAAUAUUAUUCAACAUGAGUCGAAUUUAAUUUUGUUCUUUCAUUUUUUUCAAAAUAUAAAUAUAUGUUGUAAUUAUUAUGAUGACCAUAUAAAGAGCGAACAUAAUAAUAAAAGUUAUUUAUAUAAUAAUACAUAUUUCAAAAAAGAGAAAACAAAAAAUAUUAUCAACACAACUUCUUUUCAAACCAAUUUUUGUAUGUUCUUUUUUUGUAAAUCAAAUUAUUAUAUAACAUUAAAAUUAUACUAUAUAUUUCUUUUUUUAUUUAAAUAUUAUAAAUAUCCACUCAGAAAAAAUUUUUAUCAUCUCUUAAUAUAUAAUAAAUAUUAUAACAACAAUAAUAAAGAACAAUAUUAUCAUGAUGAAAAAAUAAAUAAUAAUAUAUCAUCGUUUACAAAUUUGGAACCAUUAACGUAUUAUUUACAACAUCAUAAUAAUUGUAUAUCUGAUUCUUAUAUAUAUUACAAAAAAAAAAAAAAAAAAAAAACUUUACAUAAAAAUGUAUAUAAUUUAAUUGAUGAGGGAAAAUUAUAUGAACAAGUAAAAUACAAAACAAAUAUAAAUAAGCACGAUAUGUUCACUAUUCAUAAUAAUUAUUUGUCAAAUUCAAUAUCAUACCAUGACAAUCUGGAUUUUAAUUUACUAAAUAAUAAUAAUAAUAAUAAUCAUAUUAAUAUUAACUCUAUGUCUCUUGAACAAGCUAUCAUUUCUUUAAACAUGGAUAUUUUAGAUAAGCACAUGUUUAUAAAAUUAUGUAAUGAAUCCAAACAUAUUAAAUGUAUAAAUGAUGAAAUUACAAUUAUGAAAAAAAUCAAUCAAUAUAUAUGUGAUCAAAUCUAUAUUAACGUAAAUGAUUAUCAAAAUGUAAAUAUAUUAAAGAGUCUUUUUUUACAAAAUCAUAUAAAAUUGUAUGAAGAUAGUUGA